AUGGAAAGAAUUUUGAGAGAAUUUGGAGAAGACAACUUUGGGUUUCAUGUCUUGCCACCUUUGGCACACAAAUCCAUUGGCCAUUUAAAUGGGCUUGGUCGUGGUUUAGCCUUGAGAGCUUUAAAGGAAAUUAUUCUUGCUUUCCUGAGCUCAGCAGCUCUCCUUUCUGCGAGAGGAUUUGUUCUUGUUUCUCUAUUUGUUGCAAGUGUCUCUAUGGAGAUUGGAUUAAGCGUACUCCUGUGGCAGCAGUUAUGCUAUAUAUAUGAAGGUGAAACGUACUUGAACCAUUUAAAUUCGCAGAAAAGUGAGAGUCCUGGAAAGAAAGAUUGCCAAAAUCUUUUUCGUUUUCUUGGCUGCCCGUAA